CUUUUCCGAUCAGGUGUUUAGAGUGGUGGUGGUGGCGGCGGUCGGUGACGUCGACCCCAGCCACCACCUUGGCAACCACGCUACAACCCUCAAUUCAAAGCUACACUUGGACUGGGCCCCACUUCACGUCUUCACAUUGUUGCCCAAUCGCUCCCAUAUCCACGCAUAUCAUGGACCCCGAGCUCCAAACGCUCGUGCACGCGCGCCCAUGCCGCCCGCUCGAGGUGCGCGCCGCCGAGCUCAUAACCUCUGGCGCGGGGAUCUAUCUCGCGCCCCCGGCCGACGACCUGGACAUCACCCAUGAGCUCGCGUCCACACUAUACGCGCUCCACAUAGUUGAGCGACAUGACCGCGCGCGCGGGAGUGCGCGCGCCGCCGCCUUCCGCGCAAGUGAGAGCGUACGCACGCGCGCCGCUCUCCGCGACCAUGCAUUGGCCUGCCUCGACGCCGCUUUGGAGUACGUCUCGGGACCCGGGGACGAGCUGAAGGACGAAGACGACGACGACGUCCUCCUUAUCUCGCGACCGCUGCCAGUCAAAGAGAGGUAUACCACCAUCGCCGCGCUCCUCGCGCACCACACAACACCCGGCGCCGUGAUUGCCCAUCCGCUCAUUCGCGCCGCGCUGCCUCGCGCGUGGUCCCGCUCACGGCGCAGUCAUCGCGCACCAAUCCGCAACGUCCGCGCACUUCUCGACCACGCUGUCACCCCUGCUCGCGCGCACGUCUUCGAGCUUGCCUCGCACCUCGUCUUCAUCGCGCUCACCCUCUUCACGGCCCUCGUCCCCGACAUCGAUGUCGGCGGAGACACGUCCGAGGGCACGACCAUCGUCUGGAUCGUCUGGUCGUGGGCCUUCCUUAUGCACACGCUCGUCGAUGCAAUCAAUCGCAGACGUGGUCCGUCUUCGACCGCCCACCUAGUCCUCAUGCUGCCGGCGUGCAUCUCCGGCGUCCUCAUGCCGGGCGUCACAUCCAAAACGACCGCGAUCGGCACCUUCAUUCGCUGUCUCAGCAUCCCCUGCUCAGCCCUGGCCAUCGUUCUGCCCUCGGGACCCAGCCUCCCCUUCCUUUUCCCAUCCCGCCUCCUGCCCCUCAGCAUUAUGCUAGCCGGCAUUCUCGCGCGCGGCGCCAAGGCCGCAGCUCUUCUCGUGCCCCUCGCCGGCGGCCUGUGGACGCUGUACGCAUACGCAUUGAACGGCGAUGUGUGGCGCGCCAACCCCAAUGCAGUGGAGGUCGCAUCGGGCGCCUCCGAAGCCCUAACGGGUCUCUUCCGCCGCGGCGUCACAGCGCAGGGCGGCGGACCCAUCGAGGUCGGCGUGGCGCCGUUCGAGACUCGCGUCGCCCUCCUCAUCACCCUUGUGCUCGUCAUCUUCCUCUCCGGCGCCCUCUCCAUUCUCCGGGCCAUGGCGCCGAGUAACGAGCUUCUUGACGGAACAUGGGAGGCCGAGUACGGCGCUGCAAUCGGGCACGCCUCGCGGCGCGCUCUGGCCGCCGGUGUUGCUCGCUAUCUGCCUCCAAGCAGCGACAGCAUCCCGCCGCCAGUGCCGUUACCCAUCCCUCUCAACGUCCUUGUGCUCCCGUUCGAUGCGCUCGCUGGCGCGUUCCGCAUCCUCAGCCGUGGUAAGGAGCCGCCAUACACUAUCCGGGCAAUUCGUGGAGGCAUGGGACUGCUUAUUAUCGCCAUCCCCUGCCUCGUGCUUGGCCCCAUCGCCAUUUUCUUGCCGCACUGGUAGAGACGUAGACCUAAUGAUGUACACUAAGAUGAACCCUUGCUUGACCACAUUCAUAGCACACCACAAUGACAUGCCAAAUGUGUCUAUUGAUUAUGUGAUUAUCAUGCACUGUUAUACAGCAUAUCUAC